GCUCCUGAUGCAGCGACAGUAGAGCUGCCUGAGACAUCGCUCGACUGAAAAAAGUCACCAACAAACACAAAACUAACACGUUACUCGCCCGAGUACAGGAGCUCACUGUCUGCCAGCCUGAUCAGCAUUUCUGCGAAAUAUUCACACGCGAACAUACGUACAAGCGAUAACGGAUCGAGUACUUGACAAACAAAACAUUAUUUCAUCUGUUACGAUGGGAAUACGUUAUUUGUGUGAUCCACGCGCUUUUACACCAAGCCUCCAUGUGAUCCUCCCGAUUACUGUGCCGUGUGCGUCUAAUCCACCAAUCCGAAACCUGUAUCUACCACCUCGUCCAAUAAAGUCUGCUGCUAUUGGUCUAUUUCUUUUGUUUUUUGAGACGCUGUAGCUGAUUGGUGAGAAACGCCAGUGUGGCUGACGCACGCAGAGCGCUGCUCACUCAUUGGCCGAACUUCUGUUUCGCGAAAGAAUUUGAAAAGUGUCUUUCCAACUGCUGCGAAUCCGAAGAGCGUCGAGGAGAGAAGAGAAAGGAGCGAGAAGGAUAAAGAAACACGAGCAGCACAACAAUGGCUCCGAGAAAACGAACCACUAACGCUAAAAACAAGAAGAACGUCAAGAUGCCGAAAUUAGAAGCCUUUCUUCUUGAUUUCGACGAUGAGGUGCGCACCAUAGUCAAGAGGCUGAAGGACAAGACCAACAACCUGUUGAAAGAUGCAGACAAUUUGUACAACAUGGCGCUGAUCAAACUGCCCACGGCAGUGCGACAGAUGAACUGGAUUCAUUACUGUGGUUCAGAAAAGCCAAAAACACCAGUGGAUGAGUCUAAGCAAAAGCAGGUGGCUGCUGAAGUGGAGCUGGCCAUAGCUCAGGAUCACACAAUUCCACCCAAGUCAGCCAAAAAAGCUGCGAAGACCAGUGCAAACUCUGAAGAUGAAGAGAACCUGGUGCCUAAAUCUACAACAAAAAAGGGAAGGCCAAAGAAAGCACCAUCAACCUCCAAGAAAGUUAAAGCGCUUUCUGUCAGCAAACAGAACGGCACCAUUAGAAAAUCCACUAGGAAGCCCUUGGUCACUCCAGCCAGAAGUUUCCUGGACUCCUCUAUAAUGGGUCCGACUCCACUCAUCACACCUCGCUUUGAUUCCAGGUUGCCUAAGACUCCUGCAUUGAGAGUUCCUCGUCACAGAGAGAAGGUGUACAGCAUCUCUGUAAACGGCUCUCCUAUCGCUGGAUGCAGUGAGGACAUUGUCAUCAAUGUCCCUCUGGGCAAUGGAGAGUGUAUUCAGCUGCUGGCUAGUGAGAUGGAAUCUGUUGAUCUAAGCCAACUAGACGAUAAGGCGGUGCGCAGUAUCAGACAGCUGCAGACCCGACUCACAACCCUCUGUGGAACAUCACAGUGACCUGAUGGAAUCUGCCAGAAAUUGCAGAUGUUGCUCUGAAUUUUUAAAACUUUUGUCAUGUUUAUAUUGUAACCUUGUCAGGUUAUUUUUUUUUUUAUUAUUCUUGUGCUUUAAAACAAAAAAUGCUGUCUUUUCUGUCCUGUCAGAAACUCUCAUGGGCAUUUCACACUGUACAUACUUUUAUUUAGAGUCUAGUUUUCAGUUGUGGUGUUUUUGUAAUAAGUUUGUAAAUAUAAUCCAAAGGAAACAGA